AUAUAUCCUACUAAAUAAUAUUAUUUAAAAUAUUUGUACUAAUAUUUAAUAUUAUAAUAUUUAAUAUUUAAAUAUCCACAGUAAAUAAUGUGGAUACACACUGCAAAUGAUGUAUGGUAGUUCUUUGUACAAGCUGAUCUUGAGUUACCUUUUAGUUUAAGUUUACCAGGAGUUAUGGGCUUUUUUUAGUUAGUUUUAUUUAUGCAGUCUCAGAAUGCACUGAAUUGAGUUGAUUUGAAAAAAAAACUCAAUGUGCAGUAUGGUAUGAUUUGGUAUCACACAAAACUGCACAUUUUACUUAACAGGUGAGAAAGCUACUGACAAUAGUCUGCAUUUAACUGUGUAUCUGUCUAUUUAACUUUUUCUUUUUAACUGUAUCUUUUACAUUUUGAAAUGAGUCUUUACCUUUUUAACCAAGUUGCUUUAAAGGAGCAAUAUAGAAGGCCUUCCAUCUGCUGUGAGACUAUUUAAUCAAAUGUGACCAUUUUUUUGUUUAUAUAUAUAUAUUAUUUAGAGUAGGAGGUAAGUGCUUCCAAAAUGAGUUCCCAUGAGAAAAGAGAGAAUGAAGACACCUCCAUUGACUCCAGGUAUGACAUCAGCACUUUUGCAGCUUUUUAUGAAGGUGACUUAUAUCUCUGUAGAGCAUGGCUCUCACAAUGCCAAGAUCAUGGGUUUGAUUUAUGUAGGCUUAUUCACACUGCACCAACAGAUGCUGACCAGCACUAUAAGACAUAUUUCUUGGGUUGUGUUGGAUCAGUGUGUUACCCAUGCAGGCAUCUGUUGCCGUGUUCAGCCUGUAUUUGAUGGGUUGCAGAAUUUCUUAGAAGUGACGAACUGUAAUCUGGUGUUUGUUUGCAUUGGCUGAUGUCUGUCAGUGAUGUGUCAAAUUAUCUGAAUCUCUAUCUGUAUUUAGAUGAAACUGAAUGUAUCUAAACUAAAUGAAUAGCCAAUGUUCAAUGUAAUGUUGCUCCCAUCAUAGUUUGCGUUUAGCAAACACACCUUGUAUACAGUUUUUACUGCUUAAUCUCACAAUCUUUACUUGUCACACAAUUUCUGAAAGCUGACACUCAAACACACACCAAAUCUGAAAAACCAUACACUAAUUCUUGGCCUUUGGCUCAGUUUUCAAUUUUAUAAAACACUUUUUGCAAAACACAAUUCUAUAUAUAACACACACAAAUCUAACAGGAAUUAAUAUUAUGGCAAAGGUUUGCAAAUGUUUGCUUUUGAGAUGUGUUUGUUAUAUUUUGAAUACAGUGCUUCAUUUUGCAAGAGAUGUUAGACAUUUUGUCUUUGAAAUUAUUGGAUUUGUGUGUAAAAUAUUGAAAAAAAAGGUAAAGUUCUGAAAAUUUAAGCAGUUGAAAAAAACUGUAAUAUAUAAAAUUGUUUAUUCUUAUUUUCUACAAAAUUUCAAUAAGUAUCUUUUAAUAAUCAAAUACAACAAUGAUAAUUAAAAUAGCUUUUAAUUAUUAUAAUACUGAAUGUUAAAUAAAAGGAGACAAUGCUUGUCUGUUUAUCAAAUAGUACAAAUGUGUAUAUUAAUAUACAAUAAUACAGUCUUUGUGUGUGUGUGUGUGUGUGUGUUUAUAUAUACUAUACAUACUUGUUUGUCUUUUGCCACUAUUAGCAGGAGGAGGAGACUAAGAUCAGCAUCACUAGAACUCGGCGGUGUGUCUAUGAAAAGUACAAGAUCCAUGGUUGGACACCCUGCAUUCAGUGAUGGAAUAGUGACCUCUGCCCCAUGCAAUGUGGAGACAGAUCCCACAACUGCAUCCCACAAUCAGACCCACAUCAGGCAGGAAAGACCUGAAGCAGUCCUGCAGAGAGUCAAAGACCAACACAAAACCAGCAUGAAGAGCAAGUAUGAAUGCUUAUUUGAGGGAAACAAACUACAAGGGAAUGAAACCCUCUUGAACAGGAUCUACACACAGCUCUACAUCAUAGAAGGAGAGAGAGAAGGGGUGAAUGAAGAACAUGAGGUUUUACAGAUGGAGAAAACAACUAAAACACAACAUUCACAACACACUCCAAUCAACUGUAAUGACAUCUUUAAACCAUUACCUGAAUGUGAGGAGAAAGACAAAAUCAAGACUGUUCUUACUAAAGGCAUUGCUGGAAUUGGAAAAAGCGUCUCUGUGCAGAAGUUCAUACUCGACUGGGCCGAGGGAAAAGCCAAUCAGGAUGUAGAUUUCAUGUUUGUGUUUCCAUUUCGAGAGCUGAACUUGAUCCGAGAUCCUCAGUACAGUCUUCACAGACUUCUGCUGGACUUUCAUCCUGAGCUUCAAGAUCUGGACUCAAAGAAUUAUGAGGAGUGUAAAGUUGUGUUCAUCCUAGAUGGUCUGGAUGAAAGCAGAAUUACACUGUUUUCAGAUGAUGAGAAGGUUUGUGAUGUGAAUGAGUCUUCAUCAGUGGGUGUGUUGAUGUCUAACCUCAUGAAAGGAGAUCUGCUUCCCUCUGCUCUCAUCUGGAUCACCUCCAGAGCAGCAGCAGCCAAUCAGAUCCAAUCCAACUUCAUCAACCGUCUGACAGAAAUUCAGGGUUUCAAUGACCCUCAAAAAGAGGAGUAUUUCAGGAAUAGAAUCAGUGACCAGCAUCAAGUCAGCAGAAUCAUCUCACACAUCAAAAGAGUAAGAAGCCUCCACAUCAUGUGCCACAUCCCCGUCUUCUGCUGGAUCUCAUCCACUGUGCUUCAAAACCUUGUGAAAGAAGAUCUCAAUGCAGAAAUCCCUCAAACUCUGACUGAAAUGUACAUCCACUUCCUACUGAUUCAGAUUAAGAGAAAGUAUAAUGAAAGAGAUCCGGAGAAACUCCUGAAGUCCAACAGAGAAGUGAUUGUGAAACUUGCUGAAAUGGCUUUCAAUCAGCUGAUGAAGGGCAAUGUGAUGUUCUAUGAGGAGGACCUGAUUGAGAGCGGCAUAGAUGUCACUGACGCCUCAGUGUUUUCUGGGAUUUGCACUGAGUUCUUUAAAGAAGAAUCUGUGAUUCAUCAGAGGAAAGUCUACUGCUUCAUUCACCUGAGUGUUCAAGAGUUUCUCGCUGCUUUCUAUGUGUUUUACUGCUAUUUAAGUAGCACAAUGAAAGCUCUUAAAGCUUUUGAUCCAAUGCUUAAUUUGCAUAAAGGUGUAGUAGAUAAAGCCUUAGAAAGUAAAAAUGGACACCUGGAUCUGUUCCUGCGGUUCUUGCUGGGCAUCUCACUGGAGUCCAAUCAGAGACUCUUACAGGAUCUACUGACACACACAGAAAACAGCUCAGAGACCAUGAGGAAAACCACACUUUACAUUAAAGAGAAGAUCAAAGAUGGACGUAGACUCUCAACUGAAAGAUCCAUCAAUCUGUUCCUCUGUCUGCUGGAAGUCAAAGAUCAGACUCUGUUCAGAGAGAUUCAGGAGUUUGUGAAAUCAGACAAACACUCAGAGAAGAAACUCUCUCCAUCUCACUGCUCAACAAUCGCCUACAUGCUUCAGAUAUCAGAGGAGGUGCUGGAUGAGCUGGAUCUCAAGAAAUACAACACAUCAGAUGAGGGCAGAAGGAGACUGAUACCAGCUGUGAUCAACUGCAGAAAAGCUCUUGUUGCUGGCUGUUAUCUCACUGCUCAGCAUUGUGAAAUUUUGUCAUCAGCUCUACAAUCCUCAAAUUCUGUCCUGAGGGAGCUGGACCUAAGUAACAACGACCUACAGGAUUCAGGAAUGAAGCUGCUCUCUAAUGGGCUGAAGAGUUCAAACUGUCAGCUGGAGAUAUUGAGGUUGUCAGGCUGUAUGGUGACUGAAGAAGGCUGUCGUUAUCUGUCUUCAGCUCUCAGUUCAAACCCCUCACACCUGAGAGAGCUGGAUCUGAGCUACAAUCACCCAGGAGAAACCGGAGUCAAGCUGCUUUCUGACAAACUGAAUGAUCCAAACUGCUCGCUGGAGAUACUCAAUUUGGACCAUGGAGAGCCUUUCAGGAUCCAACCAGGACCACAAAAAUAUUUCUGUGAUCUCACACUGGAUCCAAACACAGCGAGUACUCAACUCAUUCUGUCUGAGAACGGAGAGGUGAAAUAUGUGGAAGAGCACCAGCAGUAUCCUGAUCAUCCAGAGAGAUUUAAAGAUAUUCCUCAGGUUCUGUGUCGAGAGAGUCUGACUGGACGGCAUUACUGGGAGGUUGAGCGGACUGGCUGGGCUCGUGUAGCAGUGGCCUAUAAAACAAUCAGCAGGAAAGAAGGGAUGAUCUGUAAGUUUGGAUACAAUAACAAGUCCUGGUGUCUUUUCUGCACUGUUGAUGGAUUUGUUGUCUGGCACAAAAAUCUGGGCAACAACAUUCCUGUCCCUUCACCUUCCUCUAAAAGAGUAGGAGUGUAUCUGGACUGGCCGGCCGGCACUCUGUCCUUCUACAGCGUCUCUGACACACACACACUCACACACUUACACACAUUAAACACCACGUUCACUGAACCCCUCUAUGCUGGGUUUAAGGUUUUUGAUUCCUCACUGUCACUGUGUAAGAUUGCACAACAGACAAACAACUGACUUCUGCAUCUAUCCGAGUCAUGGUCCUAUGUCUAUAUAUGAAAAGAUUUGAUGUAUGAAAUAUAUAAUGUAUGAAUUUAACUGCAAAAUAGUAAUUGCAUGUUGUACAUUCAAAUGUUGUUAAACAUAAAUAUGUAAUAUUACUAUGUAUAUUCAAUCUCUCUUUAUAUUAGAUGUCUUUAACUAUUAAAGUCGGUACUCAUGUCAAAAAAGUAUUUAUUGUCUUUAUGUUGUAUUGCAAAACACUGUUACUGCUAUUGAUGUGGAAUAUGAGUAAGGUUAAGGACAGGUUAAGGGUGAGUUAAGGGAUACACUGUAAAAAAUGAUUGUGAUUUUAACAAUAAAAAACUGUAAAAUACCACAGUAAUAACCUGUUAAAUGAUUAAGAGUAAGUUUCCUUACUAUAUACAGUGAAUAACUGUAAUAGAUCUAACCUUUAUUUUCGAGAAAGUAGCCUCAGAGUCGACACUCAUAGACUGUGUCUGAAACCACUCCCUACACACAGCUAAUUAAAAGCAACCAAGCAAAAACCAAUGUUAAAGAGUCACGAUUCAAGAUCCCAACUAAAGCAACCACUGAUCGCCAAUAUGGUGACUUCAAAUGAAAGUACAACAACUAAAAUCUCAAUAAGAGCUUUUGUACACAUAUGACAUAAAUAAAGUAAAAGUGGUUAGUAAUAAACUGGUGAUGCUGUUUGUGGAGUUGUUUAAUCACCCUCUGCUGAAAUCUUGAGAGAUUUCAUGUGUUUUAUUUCAGUUGAUUUCAUCUUGGCUUUAGCUGUAAGUUUUGUUUCUCUGCUCUUGUUUCUCGUUCCUUCAAUGAUUCUACUUGUUAACAGCAGGUGUUCAUCAAUAAAGCUCAAUCCUAAUUUAAUUAGUCACUUAAUUCUCUCAUUAAUUCAUCACUGCUUCAGUGUUACUUCAACACUCUGUAGUGUGGACACAUAGAAGUGCUCUUUAAAACUGAGGAUUUUGCUGUGGGAUUAAAGGGGUUAAAUUUGUGAGAUGA